UACCGGAAGAAGGUACAAGGCUGUUGAAACUGAGAUAACAAAAUGCUGACAGAGUUGUUGCUGUGUAUAAGCCUAGGAUGUUUCAUUUGGUUCUACAGACAAAGAAGACUCCAAAUGAAAACAUUUAAAGAUAUGAAUAUUCCCGGACCAGCACCAAACUUUCUGUUCGGAAACUUGUUAUCGUUUCUUGGUCAGAGUUUAUAUUUAACUUUCCGAAAAUGGGAAAAAAUAUACGGAAAGACAUACGGAUACUUUGAAGGUCCUACUCCAGUACUUGUGUCAUCAGAUGUUGACCUAUUAUAUGAUAUAUUUGUAAAACAGUUUAAAACCUUUCAUGCAAGAAAGGUAUACCCCGUACAAGUUGAUCCAGACCAGGACGAGAAUGUCCAUAUGUUCUUUGCACGCGGCGAGAGGUGGCGACGUUUGAGGUCAAUAGUUAAUCCGGCCUUCAGUACGUCCAAAAUGAAAGAAAUUGUACCCACAAUUAACAAACGAAUAGAUGAAUUAUUGGUGAUUGUUGAUGAUAACGCAAAAAAGAAGACAGAUUUUGACAUGUAUGAUCUAUUUCAGCGACUUACAUUAGACACAAUAGCUGAUUGUGGCUUUGGAUUAAAAUCGGAAUCGUUAACACGGAAAGAUGACGAAUGUCUUGUAAACUGUAGAAAUGUUAUUAGAGAUACGACAAAGAGGCCAAUCUUAUUUAUGCUGGGAUUUAUGUUUCCUACGUUGCAUGCUGUCUGGAUUGCAAUCUACAACGUUUUACGUCACGUGACUUUCAAUCCAGUGUUUUGGUUACAGGACACAAUGACGACAAUAAUCAAAGAAAGAAAAAUAAAACAGGAACAAAGAGUUGAUCUACUUCAGUUGAUGUUGACGUCAGAAUUUAAUCCAUCGGCCAAUAAGAUUGACGUUGGUGACGUUGACUUCAAUGACAAGGUAGUCAAGAAAAGAAUAUUGACCAAUGAGGAAUUAUCGGCUAUGUGUCUGCUUUUUCUCCUAGCGGGAUAUGAAACAACAAGUACAACAUUAGCUUAUAUUAUGUAUGAACUGGUCGUGAACCCGGAUGUGCAGCUCAAAUUGCAAAACGAAAUUGAUCACUUUUUCCCAGAGGAUACGGAGGACACUAAUGCAUUUUAUCACAUUAUUUCUCGGAUGGAAUAUCUAGAUAUGGUUUGGUGCGAAACUUUGAGAAAAUUCCCUCUAGCUAGCACGGUUGUUGCUAGACAGUGUAUGGAAUCGUGUACAGUCAGAGGUAUUAGAAUACCGUCCGGUAUGAUUAUACAAGCAAAUGUAUGGGAUAUCCAUUACAAUCAGGAUCUUUGGGGUGAGGACACAGAAAGAUUUAUUCCUGAGAGAUUUACCCAAGAAAGAAGGAAAACUAGACAUCCGAUGGCAUGGUUGCCGUUUGGUGGAGGACCCAGAACAUGUGUUGGCCUACGACUUGCCCAGCUCGAAGGCAAAAUGGCAAUUUGUAAACUUUUAAAACGUUAUUCCUUUAUUCCAUCAGAUAAAUUAGACGUACCUAUAAAAUGUAUUGAAGGUGCCACUAUUAUUCCAAAACAUGGAGUGCCGUUGACAGCGAUUCCUAGAUGACAUUUACCAUAAUCAAACUCUAACAGAAUAGAGUCUCUGAUCAACCGUGAUACCGCUCCAAAAACGUGUCAACUAUUACAUGAUUAGCCGUGAUACCGCGCCUUAAACGUGUCCAACUAUUACAUAUCAUUGAAGAUAGCCAUUAUUACGUUUUAUAUAUAACAUAUAUCAAUUCAAAGAGGGAAGCGAUUAGCUUUUGCUAUGAAAGUGGGUUAUACUACCAAGGAAGGUAAUAAUGAUAGGACGAAAACAUGAAUAGUGGUGUAUUGUAAAGUAACUGUAUAUUCACGUCCUGUACAGCUAUGUACAUACAAUAUUAUAUACUGUGCAGUUUGAUGACUUUUAUAGCCGACUACGAUGUAUCGGUUUUGCUCAUUGUUGCAGGCCAUGGUGACCAAGAGCUGUUUAUUUCUUUUUCACUUGGUCUCUUGUUGAGAGUUAAACACGUUUCAUUUGAAACCAUACCAUAUUUCCUUAGUAGCUCACCUGCCCAAAAGGGCAAAGUGAGCUUUUCUCAUCACUUGGCGUCCGUCGUCGUCGUCCGUCAUUGUUAACGUUUACAAAAAUCUUCUCCUCUGAAACUACUGGGCCAAAUUAAACCAAACUUGGCCACAAUCAUUAUUGGGGUAUCUAGUUUAAAAAAAUGUGUAAAGUGACCCGACCAACUAACCAAGAUGGCCGCCAUGGCUAAAAAUAGAACAUAGGGGUAAAAUGCAGUUUUUGGUUUAUAACUCAAAAACCAAAGCAUUUAGAGCAAAUCUGACAAUAGGUCAAAGUGUUUAUCAGGUCAAGAUCUAUCUGCCCUGAAAUUUUCAGAUGAAACGGACAACCGGUUGUUGAGUUGCUGCAGAUGAAUUGGUAAUUUUAAGGAAAUUUUGCUGGUUUUUUUUGUUAUUAUCUUGGAUAUUAUUAUAGAUAGAGAUAAACUGUA